GGCACAACCACAAAGGCACUCACCAGCGCGCCAUGGCGCCCUGAGAAGAAGAAACCGCGAUGCGCAGCUUUUUUUGGGCGCUGGGUCUAGGCGUGCUCCAGCCAGCACUCGGCCAAGACUCUUCAGAGGUGCUGUCCCCGGGGCGAGACUUCCACGUGACCGUGGGGAUCGGCCAGGCCAAGCUUCUCCGCUUCAGCUGCCUGGGGGGGCCCGCGGAUGUGGUGGUGACCAUGAGCAGCUACGAGCAGCACGCGGAUCCCCUGCUCUUCAUCUCCACCGAUCCGAAUCGGGCGCCGUCCUUCGAUGGCCAUGACUCCUCCACCUUCUCGCACUGGCUGGAGGACCGGGGCGGGCUGCACUAUGCGACCGCCAAGGGGGUGGGUCCGCAGGGCGGGAUCCUGGGGCUGCUGAACGUUCGGAAGUUCGCCUCCGAGGAGCUGAACGCGAAGCUCUCGCUGCGCUGCUCCUACAUCGUGGCCUUUGACACCCUGUUCUGGGACCACCUCCGCAGCAGCGCCAUCUGCCCCACGCUGGCAAUUGGCGGCCAGGAGAAGGCGUGCUCCGGGAUGGGGACCUGCAGUUCUCAGGGCGAGUGCCUCUGCGACAGUUUCCACGCGGGGCCUGCAUGCGAGCACAGCAAGCGGGAGGUGCUCCACAAUGACAAGUUCAACUUCCAGGUGGCGAUGGGGCGCUACCAGUACUUCCGGGUGCACAUCCCGCCUCGCUUCCCGGGGGGAUACCUGCAGGUGCGUGUGCAGUCCGAUGGGCCUUUGAUCCUGCUGGUGAGAUACGACGAUCUGCCGACCAAGUCUGCGUACGAUUCCAGCAACUUCGACGAUUGGAUCAACCGUAGAAAUAUCACGACGCUGACCUUCAAGGUGGACCCUCUGGGACCGCCGUCACGGCCACGUGCAGGGGUCCCAGCCUUCGACGGGCCCGAGUCCUUCGGCCUGGCCGGGCGCCCGCCCGCCUACGGGGACGGCAUGGAGGAGCAAGUCGGGCUGGGCCCCCGGCGCCUGCAGGCGGCCAACGCGAGCCGGCGCCUGAACGCGGCCUCCUGCCCCGCGCUCGGCCCCAAGUUCACGCACCCCGCCUGUUUCCGGCCCUCCUUCCUGCACUGCGAGGACAAGUGCGUGCGAUGCCUCAGCUGCGUGAAGGGCGAGGACAAAGCGCCCUGCAGUCACGACUGCCAAGCUUGCCUGCAGCCAAAGUGCAGCCAGGCGCUGGCGGCCUGUGCCGGCGAUCUUAGCUGCUCGGGCCCAGAGGCGCAACAGUGCGAGGUGAGCUGCGGGAGUUGCAUGGAUUGCAUGACGAGCAACGAUGGGCGCUGCGGGCUUUGCAACUGCUGCACCAACUGCCUUGCCCUGGCGGCGAAGUGCAUGCAAGACGGCCGCACGGAGACGCGAUACCUCUUCGUGGGGAUACUGCACCACAGGCGGCAUGGGGCGAGGCCGAUCUCCGGCUCGGCGGACUUGAUGCUGGUGGAGGACCAGGCCGUGCCCGACGCGGCGAGGAGCUGGACAGCAGACCUCUACAAUCCCUUCCAGGAUCUGCGGAAUGUGGAGAUCACGCACACGCAGGAGUACCCCGGCGGGAAGCAGUUUAUGUACUCCAUGGAGAUCCGGCAAGAGGCCGUGGCGCACAUGCAGGUGCGGGUCUUCCGGGACCGCAUGACGCUGAUCCAUCUGGAGAACGUCCAUGGCCUGGAGGAGAUGGAGAUGAGCUUCCUGCAGGAGCCGGAGAUCUCCCAUAUCCUCACCUCCUCGAAAGCGGCGCCCAAGACGCUCUUCGAUUUUGACGCCGUGCUCACACAGGUGGACGGCAAGGUGCAUAUCCGCGCCCAGCAGCAGCAAGACGUUUGGUGCGCCAUCUUCGGGCGUCGGGACGGCUACGCCCAGAUCACCGUGAAAGCGGCGGGGGCGCCGGCACCGGACCGCCUUCCAGCCAUCGGCGUGCUGCUGCUCCUGGUGAUGUGCUGCGCCGCCUGCGGCGGCAAGGCGUGGCCUUGGAGCGUGGGCAAGGCAGGACCUGUCCAUGAAGGCACCACUGUGCCGCUGACGGAUCCGGCCCAGGGCUACUCCGGCUCGGACGUGAUCGACCGCACCGUGGAGGAUCAGUACCUGCACCGUGGUGGCCUGGGAGAUGAGGGGCUCUAGACUCCGCACGGGUCUGUGUCAAGACCGGGUAAUGGGAUGGGUCCCUCCUUCUGGUGCUCUUGCACC